AUGUUUUGGCGCUUUGGAGGUUACUCCAACAUAUCGACGAUCGACACCUUACUCGAUAAGCCUAAUGUCAAGCUCGAAGACCUGCUGGAAGAGUCCGAUCUCAUUCAGGAACUGAAGUCCCACCACACCAAACUGAUAGAAUAUCUCCGAGACGAAGCCAACCUCCACGCUCUCCUACAAUAUGUCAUAGCGCCGGGCCCUUCGACGGACGACGACGACAACGGUGAAGACGAGAAGGAAAUAGAACCCGCGUCGGGCGACGAAGAUGAGGACAAGUUGCCAGACGAGGAUCAGGAGAAGGCCGAGAAGAAGCGGUUGAAAUAUGCAUACGUGGCGUGUGAAAUACUGUCAUGCGAGACCUGGUCCAUCACUGAAUCCCUGAUGGCCAACACACCUUACCUCACCGAGUUUUGGGACUUCCUGCGACGACCCGCUCCAUUGGAUCCUUUGCAGGCUGGCUAUUUCACCAAAGUCAACGAAACCUUGUUCGAGAAGAAAACAGAGGAGAUGAUUGACUUCUUCAAAUCUCUUCCAGGCAUUGUGCCAGCGAUCUUGCAGCACGUGGACUGUCCCAUGGUGAUGGACUUGCUGUUGAAAAUCAUCAGCUUGGAAAAGUCCGACGGCGGCGCAGGAAUCGUGGAUUGGCUGCAUGAUCAGGAUCUGGUUCCAAUGCUUCUCUCGAACCUGUCUCCAGAUUGCAACUCGUCCACGCAAACUUCUGCCGGAGACUUCCUGAAGGCGAUCAUCACGAUAUCUGCCAAUGCUGCUUUGAACGAGCAAUCAUGCAUCGGCCCCAACAGUCUGACGCGGCAAUUGGUCUCGGAGAAGUGCAUUCGCCAAUUGAUCUCCUACAUGCUCAAAGGUGGUAACCCUCUUACUGUGGGUGUGGGAAUCGUCAUCGAAGUCAUCCGUAAGAACAACUCCGAUUACGACCCGGAUCAUGGCCACAGUUCGGACGCACCGCCGACGAACCAUGACCCUAUCUAUCUUGGUACUCUGUUGAGACUGUUCGCUGAGCAUGUCCCGGACUUCAUGCAUCUGAUCCUCAGCUCGAAACAUACCGUCACCAAGGGUGAUGCAACUGUCGUGGUCGAAAGAGGCCAACUCAAGUCUGCCUGGGGAACUCAAAUCGAACCUCUCGGAUUCGAUCGAUUCAAGACAUGCGAACUGAUGGCUGAAUUGUUGCAUUGCAGCAACAUGGGGCUGCUGAAUGAGGAGGGUAGUGAAGAAUUCAUCAAAGAAAGAGACGCGGAGAGAGAACGACUGCGAGCGCAGGGCGCCUUUUUGUCUAACAAGCAAUCAGAAGAUUCCGCAGUUGAUAUCUCUGUCACGUCUUCAAGAUUCGAGACUGCUUUCACCCCCUCCGCGUCGACCUCUACGGAAGAGCUUCGAAUCGCUAAUUUGAAUGACGAGGAUGGUUUCGAGAAGGUGGCCGUCUCGGAGGCCAUCGAGGCCCCGACUAGGUCCGGCCAAGAUCUAGUGGACGAACCAUUGUCUCCGCGCCUGCCUGAGGUUGACGUUCCGUCUCAGGACCCUACCACCCCGACAGGAAACUUGGACGAUACUGUCCGUCGUCUGAGCCUGGAUAACGUCGAGGACACCGAUAUGACCUCACCCUCUAAUGAGUCUGAGACGACCAUACACUCUUCUGUUCACGGAGACCAGGCCGAGCACAACUCGCCACAUCCAGAAGCCAAGCCUGCACCAUUGUUCGCCGCAUCUUCAGAUCCCAACAAAACACCCACAGCCCAUAGUCCAGAACCGGCCGACAAAUCUGAAGCAGCGAAAGAUCACAGUGAAGAGACUGGUCAGGUCAGCCACCUUGAGGGGGACUCUAUCCAAACUUCUGGAGACAAUACCAUGCAGAUUACAGAGCAAGGACCACCCAAUGCCGAGGAAGCCCCGGUCGUUGGAGAUCAUCUGAAAAUCAUGUUUGUAGAGAAUAAGGUUGUGCCAACCAUUUUGAGCUUCUUCUUCCGCUUCCCUUGGAACAAUUUUCUCCACAACGUUGUCUACGAUGUUGUCCAACAGGUCUUCAACGGUCCAAUGGAUAGAGGCUACAAUCGAUUCCUGGCCUUUGACUUGUUCGAGACUGGUAGGAUCACAGACGCCAUCAUCGAAGGUCAGAGACGGAGCGAUGAGGCGCAACAGUCCAAGAACAUGCGACUUGGAUACAUGGGACAUCUGACCUUGGUGGCCGAAGAGGUUGUUAAGUUCGGCGAACGCCACCCCAGAGAGCUUCUUUCGCCCACCGUUCAAGACUGCAUCUAUUCCCAGGUGUGGGAGGAAUACGUCACCAAGACUCUCGCGGAGACGAGAGAACGAGACAAUGCCAUUCUUGGAGGGUUUAGGCCGGACAAUGGGCUCGGUCCUAGACAGGCGGUUCUGAAUGCCGUUAAUGCUGGACAAGGCUUUGGAGCUUCUACCGGGUUGACGGCUGCCGGCAUUGGCGGAGGCCAACAUGGUCUAGAUACCAUUGAUUUGUCGAACAACGGAAGUGCCACUAGUGCUGGGUACAAUUCCGGUGGUUCGCUAUCGAGCGGCUUUGGCAGUUCAUCAGAUGAUGAAGAUGAGGAUAUGGAUGAUGCCGAAGACGAGGAACACGGAAAGACAGGGUCUCAGGUCUCGGCUGCUGAUGCCGCUGGUUCCCCGGAGAAUUCUGACCAGCCUGUCCCAUUGUUACCUCCCCCUCCAGCACCGCUUAACAUUGAGCCAUCACGUGCACGCCGGCGGUUGGCUGAUCGCUUAGCGAGGCAUAAGCAAGACGCCGAAAAUGAAGCCGCUGCGUCGGAGUUUGGAUCCGAGGGAGACGAUCCGUUUGCGGCCCUCGACAACAACGAUGAUGAAUCCGGCGAUCCAUUCUCGCUGGAUGAAGAAGAACAAGACAUCACCACGUUUGGCAAGCGUAGCAAUGCGGAUUCUUUCAACCAAGACACGGGAGACCACCACAGCUUCUCAGUCAGCCGCGGUCUUACCAGCUUGUUUUCCAGUGCAAGUGACGACCGGGACGGCCGAUCGAGGCAAGACGACUUUGGUGGAUCACUCGACGACUCGUCCUCAGACGACUCGGGAUCGGACCUAGACCCUCAAAACCCACCCCUUGAAGCUCGCACCACUCUCGAGCGGCGACCCUUGGAAGUCUUCGAAGACGAAGAGAUGGGAGAGAUGGUCGCCCCAACGCAGGAAGAUGAAGCUAACAGUUCGGAUGAAGAGGUUUUGAGUCCCAUGGAAAAGGAGAAAUUGGGCGGUGCUUUUGGGAUGGCAGAUGUCGACGAGCAGGCUUCUGAAUUUGCCGGUCAGGCCGACCAGGAUGACGACGAUGACGAUUCGGACCAGCUUGUUGAGAUCGCCAUGCCUGCCGGUUCGAAACGAAGAUCGAGAGGUUGA